UCUUUAGCUCUCCCAAAGAUAAAUCGCCAUAGCUCUUUCUCUUUUUUUUUUUUUCUUGGGUAACUGUUGCUUUCUGCCAGUUAAAGCCGUCACGAUUUGGAGCUUUGAGCAAAGGGAUUCUAGAGAGAGAAAGAGAAAGAGAGAUGAGAAAAAACAUUGCUUCUGGCGUUUUCCAUGUCCCAAUUCUCAUUAAUAUUUGAAUUGAAGCCAUGGGAGGUCAUGUGAGCAAGAAGCCAGCUGAAGCAACCUCGGCUAUUAAUCUCAACAACAAUAUACAAUAUACAACUGAAUUAAGCUCCUAUGAGGCUGCUUGCAGGCUCGAUGAGGACUUGCAAUCAUUUGACAACAGCCUCCAAGUUCGGACUAAUCAUGUUAUAAAUACUCUUGCUGUUGGAGUUGAGGUUCGAGCUCUUUCUUUUGAUUCCUUAAAAGAAGUAACUGAAUGUCUAUUGGAAAUGAAUCAAGAAGUUGUUAAAGUUAUUCUGGAGUGUAAGAAAGAUAUAUGGAAGAAUCAAGAAUUGUUUGAACUUGUUGAAGAAUACUUUGAGAAUAGCUUGCAAACUCUUGAUUUCUGUACUGCAUUGGACAAGUGCUUGAAGCGUGCUCGCGAUAGCCAGUUGUUUAUUCUUGUAGCACUUCAACAGUUUGAAGAGGAAAGUGAGGCUGGAGGGAAUAGGUAUGUGAGAACAUUGGACGGAUUGAAGAAUUUCAAGGCAUCAGGGGAUCCUUUCACUGAGGAGUUUUUUCAGAUUUUUCAAUCUGUAUAUAAGCAACAGAUGUUGAUGCUGGAGAAACUGCAACUUAGAAAGAAUAAACUUGACAAGAAACUCAAGUAUAUUCAUGCUUGGAGGAAGGUUUCAGGAAUGAUAUUUGUUGCUACUUUUGCUUCUGUGUUGAUUUGCUCAGUUGUGGCAGCAGCUAUGGCUGCUCCUCCUGUUGCAGCUGCCCUUGCUGCUGCAACAUCAAUCCCAUUAGGCUCAAUGGGAAAAUGGAUUGAUUCACUGUGGAGAAACUACGAAAAUGCAUUGAAGGGGCAGAAGGAGUUGAUUAGUACAAUGCAAGUGGGGACAUAUGUUGCUAUAAAAGAUUUGGACAAUAUUCGAGUUCUCAUCAAUCGGUUGGAGAUUGACAUUGAAGCACUGAUGGUAAAUGCAGCAUUUGCAAUUAAGGAAGAAGCUGUGAAAGUUGCAAUAAAGGAGAUUAAGAAGAAGCUGGAAGUGUUUAUGAAGCAUGUUGAAGAAUUGGGGGUGCAAGCUGAUACUUGCAGCCGAGACAUUCGAAGGGCAAGGACUGUGGUUCUGCAGAGGAUCAUCAAACACCCUAACAAUUAAAGGGUUUCACUCCAUUACUCUCUUUAGCGAGAAAUAUGAUUCUUAAUUUCCAUUUUGAAAUAUGUUUAUUAUUUUAUUGUUGUAAUUAUUAAUUCCAAGAACUACACACAUUUGUUUCAUUGUAAUUUCUAGUAAAAACAUGAUUGAUUCAUCAUCAUGAUUGUCUUUAGAC